UUGACCUUAAAUGAUAACCAAACAACCUGUUACACAUUGAUUCCGUUUGUAUACAUAUGAUAGAUGUGGGUUGCAUUUAAUACACAAUAGUAACGUCAAAUGUCAAACUUCCAGAAAACCGUAUCAGCUGUUGAAGACCUAAUAAGAAAGCGGGAAUUACAGCAAAAGGAGAAAUUUCGUCAGAUAUCAAACCAAGCAAAGCUGAAAGAAGAUAAUGAGAAACUAGAACAGAAUGAAACAAGACAAGUUGACAGAAGCAGACGGAAAAAGCCUACGCAUUUUAUUUCACUACAAAUUACUAAUCCGGAGAUUAUAACAAAGAUAGCUGAAGUCCAAAAAGAUAUGAAGAAGAAAAAUGAACUUUUGGAACUGACUCAAGUCCGACUUUCCUGUGCUCACAUUACACUAAGAGUUGCCCAUUUGGAAACAGAAGACGAUUUAACCAGAAUGAAGAAAUCCUUGGAUCAGUGUGUUGAACAGUUUAAAAAAGAAAACAUGGAUCUUUUCCGUUUAACUUUCAGAGGUAUUGGUAACUUUCGUAAUGGAGUGGUAUUUGCAAAAAUUCAACGAGAUAAAAAUUAUUUUCGUUUACAAAGAUUAGGUGAGAUAUUUGAAGAUUGCUGUAAAGCAAAUGGUGCUUCAUUUAAAAAGGAAGGACGGUUUAAUCCUCAUCUUACCAUUGCUAAGAUAUCUCAACUGGUAGACUGGCUUGACAUUAUUGAAGACGAAAAUGAGGAAAGUUUUGCCGGAACUGACGAACUUUUACUUAAGAUGUGUCGAGAAUCUAUAAAAUCUGAAUUGUGUCGAGGGUCAAGUAUAUUGGAGAUAUCUACAAAAUCAAAUACAGCUGAAAUACCACAAGGAUCAAUUACAUCUGAAACAUUCCGUGAGCGCAGUAAAUCUAAUAUUGUUCGAGGGUUCGAUGCAUCUGAAAUGUUACAAGGAUCCUGUUCGUAUGGUCAAUAUCCAGUUCCCAAUUCUUCUGAUAUGUACAGCGAGUCGAUGAAAUCGGACAUUUGCCAAGGAUCAAGUGAACACGAGAUAUGUCUGCAAGGAGCUAGUGAAUCUGAAAUGUGCAGAGAAUCCAGUUCACCUGAACCGUCUCGAAAACUUUGUGCAUAUGACAUGGGUUGUACCAAUGAUGAUUCUAAAGAGGGUGCUUCCUUGUGUACCAUGUAUGAUAUCGUUCCAGAUUUUAGCCCCGAGAAUUUGAAUCGACGUAAUGAUUUUAACAUACAGAGGCUCUUUACUGGACUACAGUGUUUAACCUGUGGUCAGAGAUUUAAAAGCAGUGAAAACAUAAAGGCUCAUGUAGCAGAAUGUCAGCAACCAAAAAAAGCACAACGAAAUGAAUGGUGGCCAAAGAUAAAUACGUUUUUGGAAUCAUCAUCAGUGAAUGAACUCUGUUUGGGAUCAGCAGCAUAUUUAUUGCACUAUAUAUGGGUUGUUUGGAGAUAUGAACAACAACAUCCGCAAGAUACAAUUGACAUCAGAGAAAUAGAUCCAAUUACAUACAGCAAUUACAGGAACCAGCUGUUUGGGAACCAGCAGAUAACAUGUUUACAGUUAUGUUCUAUGAAGUCAGACGAUUCUGGAUACUACCAUAUAGAGCAUGUUACCAAACUGUGAAGUUAUUAUUAACUGUCACUAGGAAUUUUGCAUUUGUUAUGUUGCUUUAUUUAAUUGUGUUAGAUUCUUGUUGAUGUUUAUUUAUUUACUUGCAUUUAAUCAUGUGUAUAUAUGUUUGGAACACAUAUUCUGUUCCGUUCAUUCCGUUUUCAACUUUUUAAUGAGAGACCAUUAUCUUUAUAACAGAACAAUUACAUACACAGAUGUUCUUGAAUUAGAUGAUCAAUUUUGAUAUUUUGAUGUUUUUACAUUAAUUCUAAAACAAAUACUCAUAAAAAUGCUAUAUAUGA